AUGUCAUCACAAAAAGCUUCAAAACUUGAAAAAUUACACCAGUUUGCUGCAAAAGGAGGGAUUGGUACAUGCGUUGCUAUUGAGGACACGUUGGCGAAUUCUCAAAUUGACUUAAUGUUUUAUACCGGUGAAGUUAUUACUGUCUUGAAACAUAUUGACGGCGAUAUUUAUCUUGGAUUUUGUGAGGGAGUGAUUGGACGUUUUAGAGGAAAAUCUGUUUCAUUUAAUGGUCCUUUGAAAACUCAAUUAUCUUCAAAAUCUUGUGAUAAUUUGGCUCGAACAAAGAAUCCUGAUGGUUUAUUACCUGAUAAUUCUCAAAGACAAUUACAGCAAAACUCUUAUCUUCGUCCGUCUGAUGUUAGUCAAAAUGUUCAAACUAGAUCUCGUUCGUCUUCUAUGUCUUCGGUGGAUAUUAUUAGUGAACCAUCUUCGCCAUCAAUUACUCCAACAAUUAGUAUAACAUAUUCUAAUGAUGAUAAUCAGAACUAUGAAGGAAAUGGUCCUUUUAAUAAUCAUGAGAAUAAUUUUUCAAAACCUAUCGUGAAAAAUAUAGAUAUAUCUCGUGUUCCUCAACCUGAUUUAAAUAAUCCUUCUCAAAUGCAAAAUAAAUUGGUCUCUUCAGGAUCGCCAGAAGUUAAAAUUAAUCAACAUCACGCGGGUGGUUCCAGAGAAUAUUCUAUCAAUUCUUCUGUUAGGCAAUUUCCUUCUCCUAAUUCUCCUUUAUCCUCCCCAAAUAUUAUUCCUUCUGACUCUUCCUCUAGGCAAUUUUCUUCCCCCACUCCUCCCCAAUCCUCCCCUAACAUUAUUCCUUCUAAUCCUCCUUAUAGACAAUUCUCUUCUCCUAUUCCUCCGCAAUCUUCUCCAAAUGUUACUCCUUUUAAUCCUUCUUAUAGACAAACUUCUUCUCCCACUCCUCCUCCAUCUUCACCACGGAUUGUCCCCUCUAAUCCUUCCUAUAGACAAACUUCUUCUCCCACUCCUUCUCCAUCUUCACCACGGAUUGCUCCCUCUAAUCCUUCCUACAGGCAAACUUCUUCUCCCACUCCUCCACCAUCUUCACCAAGGGUUGUUCCUUCUAAUCCUUCUGCCAGACAAUUUAAUUCUAAUUCUCCUUUAUCUUCACCAAAGAUUAUUCCUUCUAAUAAUUCUUCUACUAGACAAUUUUCUUCAUCUAAUUCUUCUUUAUCUUCACCAAAAGUUAUUCCUUCUAACCCUUCUACUAGACAAUUUUCUUCUAAUUCUCCUUUAUCUUCGCCAAAAGUCAUUCCUUCUAAUCCUUCUGCCAGACAAUUCUCUUCACCUACCCCUCCAUUAUCUUCACCAACAAUUGUUCCUUCUAGUCCUUCUGCUAGACAAUUCUCUUCACCUACUCCUCCAUUAUCUUCUCCAAAAGUCGUACCUCAAAUUUUAGUUGAUGAUGGUGAACUAGAAGGUCGUCAUAAACGACGCCCUUUAAAAAAGAACUAUAGUUCAAAAGAUGAUUUUGAUGAUGAUGAUAGUCUUUAUCAUAGCAAUAAUAACUCGUCAAUUGACAUCACAAGGCCUAUGGCUCCUUUCAUGUAUGAAAAUGGUAAUGAUAGUGGUACUAAUGAUAGUGAAGAUAUUAGUUCAGACGAAGAUGAGCUAGAAACAAAAUCAUUAAAAAACAUGGAUCCUAAAAAAAAAACUGAUAGUACUAGGAAAGACAAAGUUCUUGCUAUUGAUGAUUAUGGUUUUGUCCAUAAUGUUGCUGAACAUGAAAUUCCUGAAGGUGCUAACGGGAUACAAAGAAUUGUUCAAGUGCCAGGAGUUGAAGAAAAGACUGCUCGCUCUAUUCGUUCAUAUCGUGACCGUGAAGCGAAAUGGGUUUCCUUCCUUGGAAGCAUGGAUCCUUCAAUGGCAAGAGAUUCGAGAAAG